CAGCGGAUCACCGAUCCACAGAAAGAGCUGAAGAUGUUGGCUCGGUCAUGUGAUCAGCUGUGUCCAAUCACAGCUGAUUCCACUGAUCAUCAGGGCACUGAUAAUCAGUGUGCCCUGAUGAUCAGUGUCGCCCCAGCAGUGCCACCUGUCAGUGUCCAUCAGUGCCAGCUGUCAGUGCUCAUCAGUGCCAUGUGCCAGCCAGUGCCACAUCAAUGCCACAUAUCAGUGCCUACCAGUGCACAUCAAUGCCACAUAUCAUUGCCCAUCUGAGCUGCCUUUCAGUGUCACCCAUCAGUGCCAGUCAUGCCAGUCAGUGCCACCUAUCAAUGCCAAUCAGUGCUGCCAAUCAGUGCUGCCUAUUAGUG